AUGAAAUCUGGGGAGACGAAAUGCGAUCUGCAGGAACAGCCUCCAAACUCAAUGGCUACCGUUUUGGUCACCACUGGGGCCACCGUUACAUUCAGAGAAUUGAUCUCAUAUGUAUGUCUGGUUGAAUGUGUUUCAAAGCUUGCUAGACUAGGAGUAAGAAAGUUGGUUGUUCAAUAUGGCAAUGAGAUUGGAAAAUCCGGCGACCAUAUCAGUCGUGGUCACUUUGAAAAAUCAGUGACAUCUUUAGAGGCCUCAGGAUUCAAGCGUGAAGGUGAGCUUUCAGACGACGAAAUUGUCUUGGAGUCGGAAUCCAUGAACGUAUUAGCAUUUCCUUUCACUCACGAUAUUCUUUCACAUAUAGAAACGGCCGACAUAAUAGUAUCUCACGCCGGAACGGGGUCAAUCAUUGAUGUGUUGCGUCUAAAGAAGAAUUUGGUUGUUGUCACCAACGACUCUCUCUUGGACAAUCAUCAGCUUGAAGUGGCACUGAUGAUGGCCAAGGAAGGGUAUUUGAUCGAUUGCACUUUGGAGGAAAUGAGAAGUGGAAAAUUAGUUGAGAGUAUUGGUAACAUAAUUCUGGGGAAAGCAAACUUCAAUGCGCUUCCAGAACCUGAGGAUGGUACAGUGGAGACUGUAAUUGUGGAAGAGUUGUUAGGAUGA